AUGGAGAACCAAAAGACAUUGCUUUCUGAGCUUCGCUUGCGUAGUGCUAUCGAUUGUGACACUUUGGAUGUGGAAGUCGCCCAAGCAUUGGGACCUUUUGUCGAUUGCACAUCGAACCAGGCCAUCGUCAACAUCGAACUCCAAAAACCAAAAAACGAACCUCUCGUCAUUGCAUCUAUCCAACAAGCCAAACAACUCUACCCCGACUAUGCCUCCGAAGCCACCUUUGAACAAUUCGCCUCUGAAGUCCUGGCCGUAAACCUCUCUGCAAGAAUGAUUCCUUACCUGACUGGUCGAGCGUUGAUUCAAACAAACCCUUACCAUGCUUACUCUUCUGCUGCCACCAUCGCUAAUGCACGCCGCAUUAUUGCCAUUUACAAGAUUGUGGCGCCGCAGUUGGAGAGUGAGAGGGUUUGUAUCAAGAUUCCGAGCACGUGGGAGGGCAUUCAGGCGUGUAAGGUGCUUGAAGAGCAGGGCAUUGUGACACUAGCGACGACGUUGUUUUCGAUGGAGCAGGCUGUUGUUGCACAUCUUGCGGGGUGUUCGUAUAUUGCGCCUUAUGUGAAUGAGUUGCCUGUGCAUUUUAUUCCCGGACAUGUGGAUACCGACAAAGGCUUUGCGCUUACCCGCUCUUGUCAACUGUUGUACUCGCGCCUCAACAGCAAAACCCUCGUUAUGCCCGCCUCAUUGACUUCCGUCGAGGAAUGUCUAAAAGUUAGUGGUGCACACCACAUUACUAUUUCACCUCCCUUGCUCGCUGCUCUAGCCUCUACUCCUGCCCCUUCUUCCUCUACUCCUCUAUUCUUCGACGAAGUAGUCGAGAAUGAAGACAAGCAUGAUAAAGAGUUAUUGGAAGCUGUGAGCAAGGAAGAGAGUUACAGGAUCAGAUACACAAGGUUGAAGAAGGGAGCUGCGGAAAAGAAAUUAGUGGAUGCCAUCAACAUCUUUGCGGAUUGUCAGGAUGCUACUGAGGAGUUGGUUAGAAAGUACGUCAAGUGA